GAUGAUAUCCCCUUCACUGCUAGGCUAGGAUAGCCCUGUGAUUUCAAGUCUAACAAGGGUCGACUGGCUUUACGAACAAUGUAUAGAAAACUAUGGUCUAGGACUGGCUUUAUAUUAAAAUGCGUACAGCCGGUUUCCUUUCGGCAUGAACUUGACAAGCAAUGACCUCCAUAAGUAAUGUGAUACCGCUUGGCCGUCUGUGCGGAGUAGCGCUGCAGUAGAAAAUAGAAAAAAAAGUGGGAGUUUGGUGCAGACACCAAACUUGAAAGCGACUUUUAUAUUGAAGCGGAGCCGGACUGUUUGUGCUUUCCCGCUCUAACUUGCAUUCUUGCCAUAAACUAAGAAUAAUAGCCUAAUAAAGACCAGUUCGAUGGUCAUUGCAUAAAUGUUGGCGAAGUACGCUAGAGUAUUUCUUUCUUAGGGAAAGCAGUUGGAGGCUUUGCAGUGAUGGAGUGUCAGACAUUCAGAAGUCAUCGACAAGGCGACUCCAGUGUUAUAUUCUUCACAUUGUGUGUGAUCAGUGUUUUUUUAGCAGGGAUGCAAGAAAUCGCGGCAUUCCCCACCUGGAGGAUUGAGGAAGAAGCUCAUCCCUCUGGGGUCUUGAUGUUUGGCAUUCGUAAAAAUGCCCGUUCUCAAGUUCUGCACCUCUCCAGGAACAAGCGCUACGCCCUCACUCCAGAGAAGCUGAAGUGGGACAAAUUCAAGCUCACGUACAAGUUGCUGUCCUUCCCCCAAAACCUGAUGAACGAGAGUGACACGAGGAAGGGGUUCGCCAAGGCCUUCCGCAUGUGGAGCAACGUCUCUCCCUUCAGCUUCCGGGAGGUCCCGGCGUACGAGGAGGCCGACAUCAAGAUCGGCUUUUACCCUAUCAACCAUACUGACUGCAUGCAGUCUUAUCUGCACCACUGUUUCGAUGGCAUCACCGGGGAGCUGGCCCACGCAUUCUUUCCCCAAAAUGGAGAAAUACACUUUGAUGACCACGAGUACUGGAUUCUGGGAAACAUGCGUUUCAGCUGGAAGAAAGGGGUGUGGCUGACGGACCUGGUCCACGUGGCGGUUCAUGAGAUCGGCCACGCCCUGGGCCUCAUGCACUCGCUCAACCCCAUGGCCGUCAUGCACCUCAACGCCACCCUGACGGGACGCAAGCACAUCACGCAGGACGACGUGUGGGGCAUAUUCCGACUCUACGGAUGUUUGGACAGGCUGUUCAUCUGUUCUGCCUGGGCCCGUAAGGGGUACUGCGACAGCAAGCGAAAGCUCAUGCAGAAGCACUGUCCGUCCAGCUGCGAUUUCUGUCAUGACUUCCCUUUCCCGACUGCCGCCCCGACCACCAUCCCCCCCAGGACCAAACACAAGCUGGUGGUGGAGGGCAAGAAGCUGACCUUCCGGUGCGGAAAGAAGGUCGCCGCGAAGAAAGGAAAAGUGUACUGGUAUAAGGACGGAGAGCUCCUGGAGUACUCGCACCCCGGGUACAUCUCCCUGAAAGACGACCAGCUGAGCAUCGUGGCCAACGCCAUCAACGAGGGCACGUACACCUGCAUCGUCAGGAAGAAGCACAAAGUGCUGACCAACUACUCCUGGCGGGUACGCGUGCGCUUCUGAGGGGGUGGGGAGGGGGGGGGGGGCGCGCUACCACGGCAACGGACAAAGCGAGAGACGGGGGCGCGCUACCACGGCAACGGACAAAGCAAGAGGACAGACCCUUACCACUCACCUCCACUAUAAUCAGGCUAAGACCUCACACUAAGCUGGGCACAUAUUUCAGAAAUGAUAAAUGAAAAUUGUCAUUGUUUUAUUCAGGUUUUUUUUUCUUUUCUUCCAGUUUUUGUACAUGCUGAUGCCAAUUAAAACAAUUUUAUUCUGUCACUUGAUACGUGUUUUCAUUAAAUAUUCUAUCUUUUGGAGACAAAUACGAAUUUGUUAUAUUCAUGAGGUUUUAAAACUUUUCCAAAACCAGAUAACUCGGCUCAUGUCAAAUUUCAAAAAUAGUUAAAAUGGAGGAUAUUACAUUGCUAUAUAGUUGAGUAUCAAGCAGGAAAAGAAAAAAUGAACAUUUGCAUUUUAGACGCCAACAACAUCAAAGGGGAACAGCUAUUGAACAGCUAGUGCUCCUCUCAUAAAAUGUUUUGAAAAAUUCAGACAGCUGUAUGCAUCGUACAUGGCCCAUCAAGCACGUGGCCACAACCACAUAUGGCAUCCAAGUCAAAUAUUAGCUUUGCAAAAAAUACUGUAAAUAUUUGAGGAGAGAUGACAGACAGCUGAAGCAUGUCUGGAGCAUAAGGACACCCUUGCUGUCAGCAAAAAGAAUGAACUAUCUCCAUUUGUUUGUAAAUCAAAAAGCCUUGUGGCUCUCCCCGUGUCAGACACUGUUUGGUCUAGAGACGUCUGCAAAAGAAAACAAAAAGAAAAGAAAAAAAAAAAAAAA